AUGUUCUUGUUAUCUUUGUUAUCACAUUGCAGCACUGGUUCUCGACCUGAUACAUCACAAAAAAUCCUGUUUCCAUUAAGUGAAGCACUUUCGAGUUUUCUGAGCUGGAGGUGGUAUUUCGACUAUAUUUUCACCUACUAUAGUGAAGCAAUAUUUGCUUUGCUUGAAAAUUGUCACUAUAUGUUUCUACAACUAGUUAAACGUGUAUUAAUAUUGCUGGCUGCCGACUUGUUGGUAGUGAUAAUAGUUAUUUUUCCGUUUUCACCUCACUCAACGAUAAAGUACAAAUCUGUACCAGCACCGCAAAGAUAUAAGGACCUUUUGGACGAGUUAGGAAUAAACUGCAAAGAUUUAUUGGAAAGAAAGGAAGACGCCAUAGAAAAAGCCAAAAAAUGGACGUUCGACGUCAAGAAGAUUGAUAAGAAAAUACGAAUGGCAAAAGACAGCGAUGCGCCUUGUCACAACAACGAUAAAUCGUUGAUCGUUUUUGAUGAUAGCGUAGAUGAGUCUUACGGCAGAAAUGCUAAGAUUGCAAACAAAGCACGAGAGCUACUCAGUUUUCUGAAUGGAACUCAAGUGCCGGAUGAGGCUUUUUGGGCAACAAUCACAAGCAAUGCCAAAAGUUUUCCCGUACCGGGAGCAACAGAUGGGCACGAAUGGAUCAAAUAUCGCGCCGCUUACCGUAAAAACUACACUGAUUAUGUGGCAAGGUACGAGCAAGCAGAUCCCAGCGAAGCUUCAAUGAAUUAUUAUCUUGCAAGGUACCAGCUAUGGCAGAAAAAAUGGUGCAAAGGUAAGAUGUGGAGGCAUUCAUGUCUUUUUGGCUUGGAUGAUAUGGCGGAUGUCAUCAUACAACCUCAUCUCAUCGCACAUAAAUUUCAUCUCACCUUCCAGCCAGCCGCGUUUUUGUGCAUUAUAAAGGAAAUACGUGCAAGAGAAGCGAGGCCGUCAAAUCUCAACCUAAGCUUGUACGCGGAAAUACCACAAGUGGAACUCAGUGCUGGUUUGUCAUACGAUCAGUUGAGUCAUCGAAUCUGGAUGAUCAACAAACAUUGGAUAGGGGACUAGAUAGACAAGAUUAUAGUUUCAUUUCCUGGUGUUGACACCAGUGAACAAUGAACAGAACUAAUUGCAAUAUAUUAUUGAGAUGAAAUACGCAAAUUUAGUAAAUGUUAUAAUUUCUACAUUAUAAACAUAUUGAGAGAACACACGUGCGGCUUGUCGCCUCAAUGUGCUGCAACUCCAUACAAACUGUUUAAGCCAUA